AUGGAGCCGGGACAGGCAGGGGGCGCGCUUCUGCUGCGGCUGCUAGCGCUCCUCGCUCAAGGUAUUUUAAGUUGUCUGGCAUACAAUGUUGGCCUCCCAGGAGCAAAAAUAUUUGCUGGUCCUUCAAGUGAACAGUUUGGCUAUGCCGUGCAGCAGCUCACAACCUCACAGGGCAAAUGGCUACUGGUUGGUUCACCAUGGAGUGGCUUUCCUGAGAACAGAAUGGGAGAUGUAUACAAGUGCCCUGUUGAUGUACCCGCUGCCACUUGUGAAAAGCUGAACCUGCAAAAUUCAACAAGCAUCUCAAAUGUUACAGAGAUAAAAACCAACAUGAGCCUGGGUUUGACCCUCACCAGGAAUUCGGGGACCGGUGGCUUUCUAACCUGUGGUCCUCUGUGGGCACAUCAGUGUGGAAAUCAGUAUUAUGCGACUGGAAUUUGUUCUGACAUCAGUCCAGACUUUCAGUCCUUGACCAGCUUUUCACCUGCAGUUCAGGCUUGCCCUUCCCUUGUAGAUGUUGUAGUUGUAUGUGAUGAAUCAAACAGUAUUUAUCCCUGGGAGGCGGUAAAGAACUUUUUGGAAAAAUUUGUACAAGGCCUGGAUAUAGGACCUAAAAAGACACAGGUGGCAUUAAUUCAAUAUGCCAAUAGCCCAAGAGUUAUAUUUAACUUGGACACUUUCAAAACCAAAGAGGAAAUGGUUGAAGCCACAUCCAGAACCUUCCAAUACGGUGGGGACCUCACCAAUACCUUCAAAGCAAUCAAAUUUGCAAGAGACGAGGCUUAUUUACCAGCUUCUGGUGGGCGCCCAGGAGCUACGAAAGUCAUGGUAGUUGUGACUGAUGGUGAAUCCCAUGAUGGGUCAAUGCUGAAAGAGGUGAUCCAGAAAUGCAAUGAUGAUGAGAUAUUGAGGUUCGGCAUAGCAGUUCUUGGGUAUUUAAACAGAAAUGCCCUUGAUACUAAAAAUUUAAUCAAGGAAAUCAAAGCCAUUGCUAGUACUCCAACAGAGAGAUUCUUUUUCAAUGUGGCCGAUGAAGCCGCUCUUCUGGAAAAGGCUGGAACACUAGGAGAACACAUUUUCAGCAUUGAAGGUACUGUUCAAGGAGGAGACCACUUCCAGAUGGAAAUGGCACAAGUCGGAUUCAGCGCAGACUACUCUCCUCAAAAUGAUAUUCUGAUGCUAGGUGCAGUGGGAGCUUUUGGCUGGAGUGGAACAGUUGUCCAGGAGACGUCUCGUGAGCACCUGAUCUUUCCUAAACAAGCCUUUGAGCACGUUCUGCAGGAUAGAAACCACAGUUCGUUUUUAGGUUACUCUGUGGCUGCAAUUUCUACUGAAAAUGGUGUCCACUUUGCUGCUGGCGCUCCUCGGGCAAAUUAUACUGGCCAGAUAGUGCUGUACAGUGUCAACAAGGAUGGCACUGUCACAGUGAUUCAGUCUCACAGAGGGGACCAGAUUGGCUCCUAUUUUGGUAGUGUGCUGUGUUCAAUUGAUGUGGAUAAAGACACCAUUACAGACGUGCUCUUGGUAGGUGCUCCCAUGUACAUGAAUGACCUCAAGAAGGAAGAGGGAAAGGUCUACCUCUUCACCAUCACAAAGGGCGUCUUGAAUCAGCACCAGUUCCUUGAAGGACCUGAAGGUACUGGAAAUGCUCGGUUUGGUUCAGCAAUUGCAGCCCUAUCAGACAUCAACAUGGAUGGCUUUAAUGAUGUGAUCGUUGGUUCACCUGUGGAGAACGAGAACUCUGGAGCGGUAUACAUUUACAAUGGUCACCAGGGUACCAUUCGCACCAAGUAUUCCCAGAAAAUCCUUGGAUCCGAUGGAGCCUUCAGGAACCACCUCCAGUUCUUUGGAAGGUCCCUGGAUGGCUAUGGAGAUUUAAAUGGGGAUUCCAUCACUGAUGUAUCCAUUGGUGCUUUGGGACAAGUGGUUCAACUCUGGUCACAAAGCAUUGCUGAUGUGGCUAUAGACGCUUCAUUCACUCCAGACAAAAUCACUUUGCUCAACAAGGAUGCUAAGAUAAUUCUCAAACUUUGCUUCAGAGCAAAGUUUAGACCUACUGGGCAAAACCAUCAAGUGGCCAUCCUGUUUAACAUGACCCUUGAUGCGGACAGAUAUUCGUCCAGAGUAACCUCCAGGGGGAUAUUUAAAGAAAACAGUGAACGAUUCCUGCAGAAGAACACGGUUGUAAAUGAAGUACAGAGCUGUUCUGAGCACCACAUUAGCAUACAGAAGCCCUCUGAUGUCGUCAACCCUUUGGAUCUGCGUGUGGACAUCAGUUUGGAAAACCCUGGCACUAGCCCUGCCCUUGAAGCCUAUUCGGAUACUGUCAAAAUCUUCAGCAUUCCUUUCUAUAAAGAAUGUGGCAGCGAUGGACUUUGCAUCUCUGACCUGAUCCUGGACAUCCAACAGCUGCCAGACAUGCAAAAUCAACCCUUUAUUGUCAGCAACCAGAACAAAAGGUUAACAUUUUCAGUCACACUGAAGAACAGAGGGGAGAGUGCUUACAACACAGCAGUCGUGGCUGACUUCUCAGAGAACUUGUUUUUUGCUUCUUUUACCAUGCCGGUCGAUGGGACAGAAGUAACAUGCCAGGUUGGCUCAUCGCAGAAAUCUGUCACCUGUGAUGUGGGAUAUCCUGCCUUACAGAGUGAACAGCAGGUGACUUUUACCAUCAACUUCGACUUCAACCUUCAAAACCUCCAGAAUCAGGCAUCCAUCCAUUUCCAAGCCUUCAGUGAGAGCCAAGAAGCCAACAAAGUGGAUAAUUCCGUCAGUCUCAAGAUCCCUCUUCUGUAUGACGCCGAACUUCACUUAACCCGAUCCACCAACAUAAACUUUUGUGAAAUCUCUUCGGAUGAGAAUGCCCCUUCUGUCAUAAACAGUGUUGAAGAUAUUGGUCCUAAAUUCGUCUUCUCCCUCAAGGUGACAACAGGAAGCUCUCCAGUAAGCAUGGCGUCGGUAACGAUCCACAUCCCUCAGUACACCAAGGCAAAGAACCCACUCCUGUAUCUGACCGGGGUGCAAACAGACGAGGCUGGUGACAUCAGUUGCGCAGCAGAAAUAAAUCCACUAAAUCUGGGACCCGCGUCCUCCCCUGUGUCUUUCAAGAGUGAAAACUUCCGGACUACGAAAGAUUUGGACUGCAGAACCACCUCCUGCAGUGACAUCACCUGCUGGCUGAAAGACCUUCACAUGAAAUCAGAGUACUUCAUCAAUGUGACUACCAGAGUCUGGAACGGGACAUUCGCUGCUUCGACCUUCCAGACCGUGCAACUGACAGCAGCAGCAGAAAUUGACACACACAACCCUGAGCUGUACGUGAUUGAGGAAAACGCCGUCACGAUUCCCCUCAUGAUAAUGAAACCCACCGAGAAAGCCGAAGUACCAACAGGGGUUAUAGUAGGAAGCAUAAUUGCUGGGAUCCUCCUGCUGGCGGCUCUGGUUGCUGGUUUGUGGAAGCUUGGCUUCUUCAAAAGACAAUAUAAAAAAAUGAGCCAAAAUCCAGAUGAGAUGGACGAGACCACAGACCUCAACAGCUAAACCCCGCCACGGACACCACGGCAUGGGGGCUGGUGACACCCCAGCUAGAGUUCACUGUGUGGUGAAUGGAUUUCUUUUACAGUCCAGUUUUAAAUAAUUCAAUAGGCAAACUAGCCUGAUAGUUUUAGAGUAACUGCUGGUCAGUUGAGAAUGAAGACAUUGUGGGUGGGGGUUAGGGCUACAAAGAUCACACAUUAUUCAGAAAGGAAAAGUACUCUUUAAACUGGCUAGUCCAAUGUUUACAUGCUAACAUUUACUGUGUCGGGAAGACGGAGUGCGUCUAUGCAUGACAAGCCUUCAAGAAAAUUGUAACAUUUUUCAGAUUUGGGGGGUGGGAGAGUGCAUGGGGAAUGCUCUUUUUAUUUUGAUUAACAGUAUCAAUAAAAGUGGAAAGCACCUGGUAUGUAUAUAAUACAUAACACAUAUUAUAUAUGUUAUAUACAAUCAAUAUAGCAUAUAUAAGUAUGUAUUACAUAUCUAUAACUGUGACAUAAAUUAUAUUGUAGAUAAUAUGUAUAUUAUACUGAAUCCUUCCACAUACAUAAUAACUAUAUUACUAUAAUGAAUAUGAAUGUUGGUUGAAAAGAGAGAAAACCAGCAUAGAUUGCUUUUUCAAUGUAUGCUGCUCAUCCAAGGUUGCUAUAGAGGAUACUUUUAGGUGACAAUCUUAUUUAUAAACUAGGUUUAAAAAAAAAAGUCCUGCUCUUGCAGGACAGUAAUCUCAGCUGCUCAGGAAGUUGAGACAGCAGUCCGAGGUCUCCCUGAGUUGGACAGUGAGCUCAAGGCUACCCUGGACAACUUAAGGAGACCCUGUCUAAAAGCAAAAGGAAAAAGGAUGCUGGAGCUUAGCUUAAUCGUAGAGUGCUUGUUUGGCAGGAUCUCAAAAAAAAAGUAGAUAAAAUUUGUUGCUUUCUUUCAGGCCCUGACUGCCUCUUCUGAGUCCUAUCUUACUAUAAACAUGCUUGAAUAACCAGGAAAAACAGAUUAUAUGUACAUAAUAAGUAUUUUAUAUAUAUAUAUAAAAUAUUUGAAGAUAAAUAUGCCACCUACUAAAGAAACCCCCACAAACAUUAUGCUGGGGCGGGGACAGUUUAAAAGUCAAGGUAUCAAAAUUUACUAGUAACCUAUACUAUAACAUAUUUAUAGUAGAACCGUCUGCUGGGGCCAUCCCUUGCCAAAGGAAAGGGGGAGGGGCAUUCCCUUUAGGAAUAGCAAGAGCUCUCUUUCAGUUGGUUAGCUAGCUGGGAGGAACCUAGAGAUGAACAAUUUCUUUUGCUAACUGCCUCCCCUGCCUCUCCCCUUCCCUGUCGCCCUUAAUGACAGAAGCCCCCGGUCGCCUGCCUUUCUCUCUAGUAGUUAUCCACUUUAUCUCCCACACCGUGAAUCCCAACCCGCUCCCACACACUACCCCAAGUGGUGGGAUGAGAAAGUCCCCUGUUUAGUUCACACACCUGUGUGAUCACUCUCUACACUAACUUUAGGGGGCUAUUUUCAUUUUGCUGCCACACAACUAAGAAAACUACGCCUGCAUUUGUAGCUGUUGCAGUUACAAAGGAGGUGAAUGGAACAGCUCAGGGAUUUGCAGGCUGGAGGAGCAGCAGAAACCACUCACGUAGCAGGUGCAUCCGUUGUUCUUGACCGGGGCAGGCAAAACUGUUCAGCCCCAACUCCUGAAACUCUUACUAGGUCGGGCUGAUAGAAAGCCCAGUGGCCCCCAUUUUGACAAGCACCCAGUGUUGGUGAGGUAAACAGACUGCACUCACUCCAGGGAGUUGUGCACCCUUUCCACCCUCUGCUCCUUAUUUCUGAGCCUAUACGUUCUCCAGAAGAGAGCUGGAAGAAAGAGGUUCAGGGAACAACAGGGGAAGCCACUCUGUCACACACUGUACGUGCCAAUCUUUGGCCCGGUUCUUAACCUCCAGGAACUUCAUUGUUCUCAUUAUGAAAGGGGAAAUCAGGAUCAGGGCUCAGCAGCGACUCAUUCUGAAAAGUCAACCGUAAGGAUUUCCUACUAUACAACCUCCAAGAACGGGACCUAGAGAGCUCAGAGGAAAACCAGCUCGCCUGUGUGUGUAUGGAAGGCCAGGCCCCUGAAUGGCUGUCCAGAGCUAAUUGGAGCAGUUACUGGCUUACUUCAUCCUUGAUAAAGCUAAACAAACAGAGGGGAAAAAAUAUUAGCUGUAAAGGUCAGGGAGGCACAGCAAAAACAGCUUGGUACUCUCUUAGGUACGUGAUCCAGAGUCCAGUUCUUCUAACAGCUGUGUGGAAUCAUUGUGUCAUUCGAACCAAAAUUUUAUUUUAGAGUGGAGAAACCAGUCAUUAGGUUGACAGAGAAUACUUCACACACCAUGUUAACCUACUGCACGCGCGCACGCGCACACACACGAGUUUUCUAGUGUGCUUUAUGAGUACCCAUAGCACACAGUUCCUUUAUUUAACAGCCUCCCUCUCCUUCUGAAGGUAGCAAACAGGGUUAUGUACUACUAUACACAUAGAGCUUGUGACCUUUGACUAGCCUUGGUUUCGGUGAUCAGCUUUGAUUAGUUUUUAAAGGGGUAGGGCUGGGUUACAAGCAAGACUUAGACAAAAGUCUCUAAAGCAUUUCUCACACAAGCCCCAGGGUCUAUGACUUUAGCAAUACUGUAAUUUUGGAGCAGGUAGUUAUAGGAGGGGAGGGCCUGUCUUGUUCCUUACUGGGUUUUAAGCAGCAUCCGUGGCCUCUACCUACUCAAGGAUAGAUUGCAUCUUCCGCCAUGGUCAGGACAAUAACAAAUGUCCCCAGUUGAGCCCCACAUCCAGUCUUUACUAAACGACUCCUGUGUUUUUCAAGAAAUUUUAAGCAAAGAUGAGUGUUCUCAAGAAAUUAUUGGGGGCAGGUAGGCAGUGUUUGAAAGGAAGUUACAUGGUCCAUUCAACCCUACCUUUGCUUCAAAAGUAAGUAUAGGACUCAAAAGAUGUCAGGUUAAAAUUUCCAUUUCAUAAAUGGUAUAUCACAAAAUGUGAUCUUAAAAACCCGAGUUGCAGCCGGGCGGUGGUGGCGCACGCCUUUAAUCCCAGCACUCGGGAGGCAGAGGCAGGCGGAUCUCUGUGAGUUCGAGGCCAGCCUGGGCUACAGAGUGAGUUCCAGGAAAGGCGCAAAGCUACACAGAGAAACCUUGUCUCGAAAAACCAAAAAAAAAAAAAAAACCCGAGUUGCUUCCUGUGUGGUCAUCACACAACUCUGUAAACAGCAGGAGGGUAGAAUAGUGUAAUCAAGAAACUGGACACACUUCAAGUGAUGCACCACUCAUCUUAGCAGCAAACUAUGAAUGCCUAGCUGGACAGACGUUUUCCUACCUGGCAGUGUUAUGUUCAUAAAACAGUGCAACUUGCCUUUUAACUGUGAAGACUAAAGACAACUACAGCCAAUUUAUGACAGUCACACAAGUGAUUAUUCUAAAUUAUAUAUAAUAAUGUUACACUGUAUCCAUCUGAUACACAGCUGUAACCUAACACGUGAAAGUCUCAAGAUUUCAUUCAUCAGAAGGCAGGACACUCAGCAGAGCUCCGUCAUCCUUACACACAGAACAAGUCCAUACACAGCCUGCUAGAACUAUACCCUUCAUGUACAUUCAGGAAGGUUUGUUCCCAUUAACACGACAGAGUAAACAUCCAGUUAAAAGAUAAACACAGGGGUGAAUUUGGGAGUAAUAUAUUUACUACUUUGAAUUCUAAAGUAUAAAGAUGUAGUCAUUGUGUAAAUAUAUAGAUUGUAUUGUUUGUACUUGAUUUUGGCAAAGGAAGCCAAAGGUAAAUGUAUAUAUUGUACAACUAUAUUAGAAUUAUCUAUUUUUAAAAGAGGAGAUUGUCUUAUUUCCUUCACACAUGAUAGGUAAUCUUGGUUAAGAUGUAACGUUUGAGGUUUGAAUGAAAUAUUUUGUCUUUUUUCUCUCCACCAAAAGUAAAUAAGAUGAAUGUAUUUGUUUGUACACCAACUUGGUGAAUUUAUUUGAUUUCUUAGAAACAAUCAAGUUGUAGUAACUGACACAAAUAAAAGCCUUUCUGGUAUCAAAGCAUGAGAACCAGACAGAAAUGUUGUAUUUACUUGUAAAUUGUUCUUUUCAUACCCUGUCGUUAAAUGUCAUUAAAACUGUUUUGAAAGUGA